UGGAUGAUGCAAGCGGAAGAUAUUCGACAGGAUGGUUUUGGGGAAACACUUAUUGGACGGGCUCACAAAACUUGUGUGAACACAUCGCCCCCAAGAAGCACGUAAUCAUAAAUUCCCAGAAUCACUCCAGAGUCACCAGAGCUGCAGAUGCCUCCGUCAAACCUGGAAUUAUCGUUCUCGUCAGCAGUUCAGCAACGGGACCAAUGACGCAUUCAAGCGGUCCUCCAUUUCCAAUAUCAUUUUUUAUGUUGAGGCUUCUAGUGAACUCCAGCUUUACUAGUGAAGAGAAAGUUCUGCAUGUGGGUUUAUGUUUACCUCAUGCAUGCACCGAUGAUGACGUUCAGAAAAUUAUGGAAGAAACGUCUUCUUCAGCAAAAAGAUUAACGGUCAAAGUUGAAGCUGUGCGAUCUGAACAUAAUAAAUUCAAUAUAUGGACGGACAAGACGUUUAUUGCUUUGAGUAUUGCAAGUAUCAUCAUCAUUUGCCUGUUGAUAGCCGGGACUAGUUUCGAUUAUUAUUUGGAACACAUGAAAGUAUCCAAAAUGAAGGAGAAAAACUGUGUUAGUUUCAAUGGAAAACUUGAUAUUACUGAUAUGAAAGCAAAAAACGGUAAAUGUGGAACGUAUGCAGUGAAUAAUAACAAUAAUAUCAGUAAUGGCAACAACAAUGUUGAGCACCUCCACGAUUUCAACAUCAACACUGGUUUUAAUGAUACCUCAGAAUCACGGGAACCCAUGAUAAAAAUGAUUAUGAGAGAAAUGCUGUUGGCAUUUUCAGUGAGAAUAAAUAUUAACUAUAUUUUUGACCAAUCUGUAGGAAGUGAUACUUUGUCGGUUAUACACGGUUUGAAAGCCAUAAGCAUGGCUUGGGUUAUUUUGGGCCACACUUGCAUUCUUGCUUUUAAAUAUUCAGACAAUAUGGAGUUCAGAAGAGUUGUACAGAAGGAAUUCAUGUUCCAAACUAUCACCAAUGGAACAUACAGUGUGGACACCUUCUUUUUUUCGAGUGGGCUGUUAGUCUCAUUUCUAUACUUCAGAACGAAUGCCAAAGGAAAACUGGACACACUGAAUAAGGGAAACGGGUUUGUGGCAGGAUUUCUACACUUCAUUGGACUGGUCGCCUAUCGAUUUUGCAUGCUGUGGAGUUGGUACCUCUCCGACGAUACCCAGUUUUACAUUAUUGGAGCCGUGAUGCUUAUAUUAGCAACAAGUCACUUCAAAAGUGCAGCAGGCUUGCUUGUGGCAUUCAUAAUGAGUUCGCUGAUGACUACUGGCUAUGUAGCCUACGCCAACAGUUACAUACCUGGAUCCGAUGACCCACUGGCACUAUUCGACAAAAUAUAUGACAAACCCUGGACGAGGUUGAGUCCUUACCUUAUUGGAAUGUGCACCGGUUGGUUUCUGUUCAAGAAAAACUGCAGAGUACAUAUGUCGAAGUUCAUCGUCGCAUUUGGUUGGUUAGCAUCUUCAGCAAUUCUCCUUGCAAUGAUAUAUGGCCUGUAUGAAGUUAGACUAGCCCCAUGGGUUGGAGCAGCUUAUAGCGCCCUCAGUCACUCAGCUUGGGCGAUUGCUCUAUCUUGGAUUGUCGUCGCAUGUGUGACAGGUUACGGAGGCUUUGUAGACAAAAUACUGUCAGCGACAGUGCUGUACCCCUUCAGCCGAGUAACAUACUGCGCUUACCUCGUUCAUCCCAUAACCAUAAGAAUCAUGGUGAUGAGCAUGGACAGUCCUCUUCACCUGGGUAGCAUCGUCACCGUCAUCAUUUACUUUGGACAGCUGGUGGCAUCUUUCCUGCUGGCAUUUUUCGUUUCGAUUAUGUACGAAUCGCCAAUUGUGUCUCUUUUGAGAAUAAUAUCGAAAGUUUUCACAAAUGACAAAGGAACCUCCCACAGAGCAGCUAGAGCGUAGAAAGGGGCGGGUCAGCGCCCUUGUGGUAGAGUCGGGGAAACACUUUUUGUUGAUGUAUGAUUGUGAAGAUGCGCUUGAGAGUUGAAUCGAGUUGGUAUUGUAGCCUAAGUUAAAUCGACUAUUUGGAUGGAUCAUUAUAUUUUGCUUGAUUCAAAGUCGAACUCAGUCAUCAAAGCAAACUCAUCCAUUAUACUUACAUACAUACAGGGGAAUCUCUGCCUACCAAGAAUUAUAAAUUGGUUAGUUUCGUAUUUCUAUUUCGACAUCUGAUGUUUAUUAUUUGUUGUAAUUAAAUUGACAAUCAUUUUACUGCAAAAUCGCCUAGUUUUCUGGAGGCAAAUAGCGAUUUCAUGUUCAAGAGAUCACCAUUAUACUAUAUAAAGUGUAACAUCACUGCUGAAAAGGACAAUUAUGGAUUGGAAAUUAACUUCUAGGAUCUGGAAAUAUUAAAGUCUGGUGUGAAUAUUAGAAGUGUCAUGUUUGCUAUCAGACAAAUACUAGAUAUGGUCUCGGCAGAUAUUAUGUACAGCAAACUAUUUUCAUUGCAUUCUUCUUAUCGAAUAUAAUGUAUCUGCCACUGUUUUUCCCAAAUCCCUUAUCGUGUCUCUGCUGAACUUGUUAGCUUUUGGUCGCCUGAAUUCACACAAGAAAACACUUUACUUUAUAAAAUUGAUAUUGAACACUCUGCCACGAUAUACGCUACUUUUUCAAUUUUAAUAAACAACCCCCUUCUCAAUCACCCCGUUUCCAAGCAACAACCUAUCUAAAAACUAUGAUCCUUUCCUCAAUCAUAUUUUCCUGCAAUUUAGUAAAGUUCAGUAAUAGUCAUUUUAGUAUCCCUGCCCUCUAAUGUCUAGCCAAUUUUGCUUAAUGCCAUAACAAGAUAAUCUUCAAUUUGCAGUUAUUGAAUUCAUGAUAUUAAUUGAAACAUCUGCAGUGACCUUUGUUUUGCCGAUUUUCAAUCUGUCUGACGCCGAUUUCAUCCUCCCAGUUUUGGAGUGAUAUGCCUUAUUUCUUUCUCCCUAUUUUCUAGUUUACGAAGGAUGAGUUCUUAGGGUUGAAGGAAUAUAAAGCGAUGAUUGCAUAAUCUUUUUCUUUGACCUUUCAAUUUGCUGCUCUUUAUAUUCAUGCAGCCAGAAACACUGAUCAUCUCCUGUUGAAACUAAGCUGAUCCUCUAUAGUGAUUCCCAAGUAGAUUAUCAGCAGCAUCAACUAUAUAUUUCAAAGACGUGUGUGUUAAUAAAAUUAUGAUGAAAUUUCACGUUGCAAACUCUUGAAAUAGUUUUAUAAUUGUUGAUUUGUGACAUGUGUCUUUUGAUGUCAAUUUUUCCAUCUGCAGACUUCUUUAUCCAAUCUUAAUGAAUCGAAUGUUCGGACCAAUAACUCUAGCAGUGUUUGCCAGUUAGAAUUUUAAUGAGUCAUAGACUUUGAAGUUCUAACCCAAAAAUGUAAAUAGUUUAUUUUUAUAUGAGAUAUACUGGUAGUUAAAUUUAGCAAGUGAUACAUUAUUCAUUUAGGAACUGAAAUUGAAUAACAUCAUACAUAGCAUUUGCAUUUGAAUUAUAUGAACUGAUUAUAUAGGUACCCAGUUAUUUCUUUUUUCAAAUUGUAGGCCAUACCAGUUAAAAAUUGUUCAGAGGAGUGAACCUAACUGGUCUUUAUAGUCAAAACUGAAACUUUGUUGGGUCCUUGAAUCAUUUCUUGGUAUUUUUCAACCCAGUAAAUUCACUUCGAGUAGUUGAGAACUUCAGUUUAUGUUUCAAAUCCAAUAUUGAUGAUUUUUCACAAUAACUACCUCCUUUGAACAAAGUUUGUGGAUUACAAUUUAUUUCUGUUGAUUGGAAAGUAACCAAAAAUUGUUUUCUUGCCAGGUUUCAAGAGAAAAAUCAGAAGUUUAACCAUUUAAAGAUAUUAAACGUUAUAAGCAAAAUAUCCUUACAGUAGAGUUAGUUUCCAAAAGUGAGGAAACUCAAAACGAAUAUUUCUCUCACUGCUGAAUGAAAAAUGUUGAACUAUAAAUAUUCCAAUAUGUAUAUAGUUAGAAUACAAAGCCAAAGGCCUUAUGAAUUAGAAAAAAGUAUACCAUAAUAUGUUCAUUAUACGUUUAUUUAUUAAAGUGAUAGAAAAACA